AUGGUCCAACAGAUUACCACUCUGCUUGCCACCUUUUACUACUGGUCUCUGGGCGGCAGGAUGCGCGCGACCGGACUAAGCGUCGAGUGGUUCUUGGGGCUCGCCUACUUGCUCACCUGGCUUGCAGGCACAAUGUACGCAAGUGCGGCCUACUUUAUCCAGCGCGAAAUCAUGCCGGGGCAGGAGGUAAGUUUUCUUUUUCGUAGUACAACUAGGUCUCCGUGGUGAAUUAUAUUAUAUCGUUGGGGCGAGCCCUUCAUCAACGAUAAACGCGAAUAGUGUCGUAAGUGCAGGUCAGCUGAGGCUUUUGGAACAAUUAGUCAUCAUGCAUAGUGAUUCUCUCUGCUGUAAUGCCCACAGGCGAAGUUUUUGGAACAAUUAGUCAUCAUGCAAACUGUUGCGGGCAUCCUGUGCAAAAGCGGCGUUGGUACCCUACUUGACGGACCUCUGGAUCUCGACUCACUUGUGCGCAGAAGGUCUCUCGGCUCCCGGUUCCUCGGAGUCCAUUGUGGUGCACUGUUUCUCGGCAUUGCUCCUGGGAGUCUUGUCAUCGCGUCGUACGUUUUUUUCGUCGUUAUUUUUCGUUCCUUGCUGACUAUAAAUAUAGUGAAUGAAGAAAAAGAAAUAUGAGUAUACAGUUAUUGCGUUACUCUACCAUUCUUGUUUUUAUUUGUCUUCCUCGAGUUCUAUCUUCAUAUAGGCGACGAAAGCCAAGGAUGUGAAGAUACAUAGUUAUAGUCCUGGUGAGCUGGUCAAAAACAAAUCUCAGGACCCAGAGCGCGGUUGUGUUUCUGGCGGGAGUGUUUUUGGUCGAGUUCGGUCUUUCGUGCGCCUGGCCUGUAUUCACAAGAGCAGUUGCCGAGUACAGCGAAAUUCGCAAGCAAGCGAGCCACCUACCAGGCAUUGGUAAUUAGUGCGAGGGAUGACUUCACUGGCUCCUUUUUUAGGUGUCGCGAGGACUAUGCUAGAUUGUUAGAUCGAACAGGAAAACCUCACAUAUUUAACUAUAUCUAUAUAUAAUGAUCUCCAUAGCCAUUCAGGGCAGGGGCAAACGCCGGAAGAAGAAAACAAAGCGACACGGCUCUUUUGGGUGCUUGGUGUGGCAAGCAGAUGUGGGGCAACCCUCGCAGGGAUCUUUUGCGCAGCACUUGCGGAUUGUUUUUCUCGGCGGCUAUGGCUUGCUCGCUCCGAAAUCCGUGAAGCGGGGACCAGUAAUCAGGCACCCCCGCAUCUCUGGCGGGCGACCCUCGUCGCUGCCGCCAUUGUAGCAGUGCUUGCUGGGGCCUUCUCGUUUUCUUUCGUAUCGGCGGUCCGGUCGUCUAAAAUGUAUCGCGAACUGCGAGAGCAGCUUGAUUCGCUUGGAGAGCGCGCUCGGGAUGGAAGCUCGGCUUCGCCGGUGCCACAGAGCACGGAGGGCGCUCGAGCUACGUCGUCCCAGAUGCCCCUGCUAGAUCACAUCGACGUGUGUGAGCCCUCGUCGCGGUCGGCCACGUGCGGGUCACGUGCAGAGAAUCUCGGAGCAGGCUUUCCCCCCACAGCGCCAACACCAGAAGCAACUGCGGAUAGAGCUGCGCCCUCUGGUGCUUGCACUUUAUUGGCUGAGGCGAGCACGUUUUUCAAAGCCUCCGUUGCAGCAGGUGAACAAGGACCUUCGGGAAGUGGAAACGAAAUAGCAGUGGGGCAGCACGAUAGCAAGCCGUACAGAAGCAAGGUGAAGAAACUUGCUCGGGACUGGAAGGUAUGGCGCGUAGCCGCGUCCGUGACGCUUCUCACUUGCGUAAAGAUGUAUUGCCAGGGCAUGCUUCUUCCGGCAUACCUCGACAACCAGAGAGGCAGCGGCGCGGCCGUAGGCGCGAAGCCGCAAACGACCAGGACGAGCAGCUCGUCCAUUACAACUAGUGCAAGCACAGCAUUCUUCCUGUCUUCUGUCUUUACCUUUGGAGUCACCCUCGGCGUGCUUGUGGGUGGAUGGUGUUUUUCCAACUCCUCGGCAGCGGGGCAGGUGCGCCUGCUGCGCUACACCAGUAUCUUUUCCACCAUGGCGCUCCUUUUGCUGGUAUUGCAUGCCAAAGUUUUCCCGCACCCGAAAACACUUGACCUUUCCGAGGUCACGCUGCGCGAAGACUUGGGCAUAGACAAGUCCCAGCAGGACAACCAACAAAAGGGGAACGCAGUUGCCGACUCUUCGACCGGAGCGCCAGCUUCGGUGGAGGUGGAAUCUUCAUCUACGUCGUCGGCCACCCCGAUCCCCGUGCUCGAGGACUCUCCCCUGAGCCAUCUCGUCCACAAUCAAGUCAGGGGUGAUGAGUCAUCAUCAAGAGCAGAGGCAUAUAACAAGGAUGGGAGGACCGAGGGGCCAUCUCUGUCGCUGGCUGGAAACGGCGGAGUUCACGAUCAUAGAGAUGGAACACUACUAGAAAAAGUAGGCAUGGUCGGCAGCGAUGUGCAUGCGCCAGGAGACGCACAUCGUCCCGGAAGCCACACUUUUGCAGAGGCAGAGCGUCCCAGCGAAGACCCGACGCUCGAGCACGGAGAACCCCUGUCACGGCGAUUUCCUGCGCUCGAGCACUAUUCUUCGGCCUCAGAGAGCAAGCAGCUCAUCAUUGCUGCUUCUGCGAGCUUCUGCUUCGUUUGCGCAGGCGUGGGUUUGGGACUAGCAUUUUACCAGCCGCCAGGAAUAUUCGCGGUGCAGUACGGUAGGGAUGCGUCAUCAACGCUCUCUGCAUUUACAGAUGGAGUCGCGAUGUUGGGCACCUUGUUUCUGACACCCUGUUGCGCGGCCGUACAGAGCCGGCUCGGUUUUGUCGCGUUGUUUGGGCUGCUCGCCAGUCUCCUCUCGGUCGGGACGCUGCUCUCUGUGCAGUAUUACAGAGACCUGGCAGAACAAGUCGUAGUGGAUGGCGCAACAGAUGAGAAAGUGUCGGAAGCUGGCCACGAACACGAUGCUGCCCUAAUUCAACGAGAACCUAACGCAACUGGAACCGCGCGGCUGUAAGUCGUCGGGCAUUUGUUUUUAUCGCGGGUGUGUGACAGGCUUGGCGUAACGCCUGACAACAAACCUAGCUUGCAGUAGACCCAUCGCCUGCUCGGCGAAAGAGGGGCACUUGGCUGACACUAACUACCUUACGCUCCCGCCCGCGCGUAAAGCUGAAGCUUUUCAGGGUUAGUCUUACCCUUAGCCCGUGCCUAGCUCUAUCGCGUGUCAGUUUUCUAAGCCAGAAAGUGUAGACACCAUGCGCCAGCAUUCGCGUGGUUCUGAAUCUUGUCCAAUGCUUGGCUCGUACGUAGUACGACUUAAGAUGGGAGUCACGAAUGAGCGAGGGUUUGCUUUACGAUCCACGUUUGAAGCCCAUCAAGUAAAAAGAAAAGUUAUGGCACCAUCGUGCCUUUCUCGUGCUCUCGUGUUCCAUUUCCAAU